AUGGUGGAAGCGUCCUCGUGCGACACGUCGAAUUGGGUGCUAGAAUACCGAGAGUUGUCUGGAUCGGAUUCACCCUUUUCCACGACACCUGGAACACGACGAAGGGCGCUGGCACGCGAUCCUUCCAGUGAGAACCUCUUCGUGGAUAUUGGGGCCAACCCUGAAUGUCCGCAGAGCGGGAAAUUCCUGCAGAACCUCAUCUACCACGGGAGUCAACUGGAGCCCAUUGAUGAAGCGGUCGGCUUGGCACACGCCACGGGUGCUGGCUCCAUGUUCAGUAGCAUCUUCACACUGGUGGCAUCAGCCAUGGGUGCGGGCUGCUUGUCACUGCCACACAUGUUCAGCAAAGCAGGCUUGGUGCUAGGGCUCAGCCUGUUGACGUGUGGAGCAGUCCUGGCUCAUGUGUCUCUGGUGAUUUUGAUGAGCUGUGCCCGAUACACGCAGAGUCGUAGCUUUGCGGAGCUGGUCUCGAACUUGCAGGAGGAUCAACUGGACGGGCCAGUGAGGGACCUGUCCGUGGACAUCGUCAUCACAUUGUAUGGAAUGGCAGCGGUGCUUAUCUACAUGAUGCUGAUUGGUGAUUUCAUGUCGGACAUAGCUCGAUCGCCUUUGUUUGAUUUGGAGGUGCCUAGACACUAUGUGAUUUUGGCCUCCCUCACCGUGGUCUUUCCCUUGUCCAUCCCUCGAAACGUCACCGCCUUGAGAUACAUCUCCUUCCUGAGCAUCAGUGCCAUCACCUUCCUCACCCUGGUGGUGGCGGCUAAGACUCCGGAGCAUUUGGCAGACCUCGAGGGCUCGAAUGACAGCAGCGGGACCAGCGUGCAGACAGUAUUGCAGUGCUUUGCCAUGGCACUUUUCUCCUUCAAUGCCCAUACCAACGCUGUUCCGGUGGCGUUGUCCUUGGACCAGCCGCGUGCCACGCGGAUUUGGCAUGUCUCGCUGGUGUCGGUGCUAAUUGAGCUCGUUAUCUAUGCCACCAUUGCAACAUGUGGCUACUUGUCCUUCGGCAGCCAAACCCAACAAGACUUCAUCCGGAACUAUCCCGCAGAGGACCGUUGGAUGCUAAUCGUGCGGUGUGUUUAUUCGGUGCCUAUCAUAUUUGGCGUGCCCAUGAAUCUGGCUCCAGCAGCUGCCUCGAUGCAGGCUUUGGCGGGAAAUCUCGUGGCCAAGAUGUCGACCUUUGGGCGGCAGCGCAGUGAUAGUGAGAAAUCCAGCUGCCAACGGAUAUGUAUUGUCAGUUUCGUAUUGACUGUUUUGCGCGGCGGUGUCCAUCCUCUGCGACGCCUUCGCGGAUGUCAUUGGGCUCUUUGGUGCUUGCUUCGGCACGCUGAUCUGCCUCAUUUGGCCCUUGAGGACCAGGAUAUGAUUGAAAGUCAUGAAGACCUUGCACUCCAGAGCCCUAUCCACUGUGGAUUCCAUGGUGCUUUUCUGGGCUGCCUCUUUGGGGAUGGCAGCUUUCGUGGAACAGUUUUACCGAGUCAUCACGUUUGGCUGAAGCAAGCAUGCACGAACUGCUGGCCACCGAUACUGACAGGCUGA